AUGCUGCCCCCGUUCGACUACUUCACAUACCGCCGCCUACGGAACCAAAAGCAAGCGGAGCGCGCCGUCCGCUUCUCCUCGCUGCCCUUCGUUUACAGACAAGCCAUCAACGCAGCCGACAAGAAGAUAAUCGACCAGCGGAUCGAGGAGCUCGUCCAAGAUGUCCAGACCAAGAGUGUCUCGGCCCUAGAUGUGCUCCACACGUACGGAAAGGUCGCUGUGCGAGCCCAGGAACGGACCAACUGCAUUACGGAGCUGUUGCUUCCUGAGGCGGAGUCCUGGUUGAAGGUGGAUAUCAACUUGAAGGGCCCUCUUGCUGGAAUCCCUGUCUCGCUGAAGGAUUCUGUUCAUGUGAAGGGCUUUGAUUCUACCCUUGGGUACUCGGCGCUAGCGAACCAGCCUGCUGCGGAGGAUGGGCCGAUGACACGAUUGCUCAAAGAUGCCGGUAAGAACAAACAGAUGCGCUUACUCCAUGAAUUAAAGAUAGGAGCUGUUCCAUAUGCAAAGACCGCACUGCCCAUCACAUUGCUUUCUUUUGAGUCGGCAAACGGACUGUGGGGCCAUUGUCUGAACCCCCAUGUUCCUGGAUACUCCCCCGGUGGCUCGACAGGUGGUGAGGGCGCACUCCUAGCCCAGGGUGGCCGUAUCGGUAUUGGCUCGGAUGUCGCUGGCUCAGUGCGUGUGCCUGCUGCAUGGAGUGGCAUCUACUCACUCCGUUGCAGUACCGGUCGCUGGCCCAAGGCCGGCGUGAGCACCAGCAUGCCAGGCCAGGAAGGCAUUCCCAGUGUUUUCAGCCCUAUGGCUCGCACAUUGAACGAUCUCACCUACUUUACCCAGGCUAUCAUUGGCAUGCAGCCCUGGAAAUAUGACCACUCAGUGCACCCCAUUUCGUGGCGCAGAGAUCUCGAGACGGAAGCGCAGAACAAGCCCCUUCGCAUCGGUGUGAUGAGCAACGACGGCGUCGUCCCUCCCACCCCAGCCAUUGAACGAGCCCUCGAAACCACCAUCUCCGCCCUAACCUCAGCCGGCCACACCGUUUCAGAAAUUACCUUCCCACCAACCGCCGACCCCCUAACCGGCCUGAAUCUCGCCUCACAACUCCUCAACUCCGACGGCUGCCACCACUUCGAGUCCAAACUGCACAGCUUCGAACCCUCCGACCCAGGCGCGAACCAACUAAGCCGAAUCGCACACCUCCCUCGCGCUCUGCGCUACCUCUACUACCUCUACGUGCGAUACAUCAAACGCGACACCGUCCUCGCAACCCUAAUCCGCAACUUCGGCCCCAAAACCUCCGCCCAGCUCUGGACCCUAACCGCGCAGCGCGAAUCCUUCCGCGCAACCUGGCACAAAUGGUGGGACGCAGAACCCCAACAAUACGACUUCAUCCUGUGUCCCGCAAACGCAACACCCGCCCUCCCGCACAAAGCCAUGCACGACGCCGUCUCCUCGUGCGGCUACACCUUCCUCUGGAACUUGCUCGAUUACUCCGCUGGCGUCAUUCCCGUCGGCCAUGUCAACGCUGUCCGUGAUGCGCUCGCCGCACCGUAUAGGACAGCUCUGAAGAGGCUGGGUGCGGAUAAUUCGGUCGCUCGCGGCGCGUGGAAGCAUUAUGACUCGGCUAAGAUGGCGGGUCUGCCGACUGCUGUGCAGAUUGUUGGACGCAGGUGGCAGGAGGAACAGGUGCUUGGCUACAUGGCUGUUGUUGAGAAGGCGUUGGAGGAGUUUGUGGACCCGAAGAGUGGGGAGGGUGGGAAGUAUACUUUGCUGGACAUUGAUUAG